AUGUCUCAUAUUAAUUGUGUAAAAGUAAGUGUACUUGUUUAAUUUCUUUAUCUUUUCGGGGAAAAAACUAUUAAAUACGACAAUAAUAAUAAUAAUGUGUAAUAUCUGUGUAUUAUAUGAUUAUAACUUGACAGUUAUUCAUCCCAAAAGAAAUUAAUUACUUGAAUAAUAUUUAUUUUAUUUAUUAUUUUAUUUUUUAUUUCUUGUUUUAUUAUUUAAAAUUAGGUAGAUAUUGAUUUAUAAUAAGAUAUUAAAUAAUUAUAAUAACUAAGUAUUAAUUUAAAUAUAAAAUAUUGUUUACAAGCAUUUUAAACUCUGGCUAGGGUAAUAUGAAAAAAUAUCAACAUUUUAAAAAGCGUCUUAUAUUACGUUUAUUUGAGUACUCUCCAGAUCUUAUCUAAUUUUGGUUUUUUAUUUUUUCAUCAAUUUUGAGAUUAAGAAAAAAAAAUCAACAUAUUGAAAAAUGUUACAGAUAUUUUUUUAACUAUUAUUCUUCUACAGGUAUUUUAGUUAAGUAAGUGAGUUGCUACAAGAUCUAAAAGUAUUUAUUUUGUGAAAAGUAGUCCGAAAAAUGAAAAUCUGAUCAUGUAUUAAUUAUCUGGGUGAAUUUACAAACAAAUGUUCUUUUCAAUUUUUUCCAAUAUCUAUCUAAAAGUCAUGGAGUGUCAUUGAAAAGGGAUGAUAUAUAAAAAAAUAAAUUAAAAUCACAUAAAUUGUCUGGAUGGGCACCUAAACAUAUGUUAUGUGCAAUAUUUUUAAUAUUUUAAAAUUGUAUCCUUUUUUAUUUACCCAAAUGCCGGAAUUUCCGCUAUUUCAACUACUUACUUAGAUUUUAAUAUUUCCCAUUUAAAUAAUAAUAUUUGUUGUUUAGGUUAAUAUGCCUACAUUUGACUGUGAAUGUUUUGAAAGUUCAUUGCCAAAUUCAAGCAACAAAAAGACAAAAUACAAAAAUCUUAAACUUUCCCAGAAGCGUUUAAAUGAAAAAAAAUUACCUGUAAUUGAUUCAAUGUUUCAAAUUAGUUAUGAUAUAAAUAUUUAUCCAAAAAGUACUGUAGACAAUUUCAUGUCUUUAUACAAUAAAGUGAGUACAUUUCAAAGAGAUUAUACACCUCUGCACUUAGCAAUUGAAAUGGGUAAUUUUCAUUUAGUACAAUUAUUAUUAAAGCUUCCUACCAUCAAUGUUAAUACUUUUACAAGUACUGGUUUCACAGGACUCCAUAUGGCCAUUAAGUCUGCCAAUUUGAGCAUUGUUAAAUAUUUGUGUGAAUAUUCUGAUGUUGAUUUAGAAGCAACAUCAAGUUGUGUUGGUACACCAUUGAUUUAUGCUACAUUAAUUUCUACUCCAAUUAUUUUGAAAAUAUUAAUCGAUCACGGAGCUGAUGUAAAUAAAACAUUUACAGCAGAUUGUUUGAAUUCUUUGAUGUUAGCCAUCCAUAAUGAAAAAAAGGAACAAAGUUGGAUAUUGGCUGAAAGUGGAAUUUGUCCUUUGCAUACAGAUGUAAAAAAAUGGAAUGCUUUACACUAUGGUGCUUUAUUUAAAGGUUCAGUCGAAUUACUUAGAAAACUAAUUGAAAUAGGGUGUGAUCAAAAUGGUAUAACACGCGAAGGCAUGACACCUUUGCACCAUGCAGUCAUUUCUGGACGUAUUGAUGCUGUUCGAAUACUUGUUGAGAUGAAAUCCGAUCUUAAUAAAACUGAUGAAAAUGGACUUACCGCUCUACAUUAUGCUGCAUAUCAAGGCCAGUGGGAAAUAGUGAAAAUAUUGUUGGGAGCUGGGUCAAGGCCAAACAAAAAAACUAAUAGUAAAGUGACACCUUUACAUUUUGCAGCAAAACAUGAUCGUUAUUUAGUAGUUAAGGAACUUUUAAAGUGCUAUGUUGAUGUGAAUGCCAUGACUAUGCAGUGCAAUACACCGCUACAUUAUGCAGCUUGUAAUGGAAAUGCCGAAAUGGUUGACAUUUUACUAAAAAAUGGAGCCGAUUUAAAUAUCCCUAACAAAGAUAAUGAUUUGCCUAUUCAUCUUGCUUGUUUACGUGGUGCUAUUGAUGUGGUUAAGUCAUUAUGUUUGAAUGAAUCAAAUAUAGAUUGCAGAAAUAAAAAUAAUAUGUCACCAUUACAUAAUGCAAUUCUAAGUUCAAAUGAAGAGUUAGUAAAGUUUUUGUUGAAAAAAUAUAAAUUUAGUAUUGAUAAUGAAUUGUAUCAUGUAACUUUGCGUUCUGGAAAUGUAAAUAUAAUUAAAUUUGUAAUUGAUAAAACUAAUGAAACGAUGUUAAAAGAUGAAGUAUUUUGGUACAAAAUAAUUGGUUAUUCUGGAUCUCUAGAAGUAGUUAAGUUAUUCUUUAACCGUGUUCAACCUCCUACAUUAGCUAUAUCAAGUUUAGUAGUAUAUGCUAUACAUUUGGGGUAUGUUGAUAUUGCACGAUAUUUACUUAAAUAUGUUUAUGGAUGGAAUGAUCUUAUAGAUGGAGAAGGAAAUACAGCAUUAUAUUAUGCAAUAAAUAAGAAUGAUACAGAAUUAGUUCGUUUACUUAUAGAAAAAGGUUCAAACGUGAAACAUAUAAAUGAUGCAGGUGUUACAUUAUUACAAUGUGCAACAAAGAACAGUAAUCCAGAUAUCUUAAAAUUGUUAUUAUUAAAGAUAUGACUAAUUUUUACACCUAAAUUAUAUACAAUUACCUUUAACAUAUCAGAUUUUAACACAUUAAUUAUUUGGACAGAAAAAGUAAUAUUUUAUUUUAAAAUUAAUUUUUAUUUAAACAUUUUAAACUGUUAGAUUAGAUGCAAACAAUUCUAUGUAUAAGCAAUUUAUUUUAAUGAGAA